UGCUUUCACUUCUUGUGUGUUUGGUUUGUCCCACUGAAAGAAAAACUGCAGUACGUAAUCCUAGAGUGUUAUCUAUCCGAGACAAUCCUCCCUGGUAUGUUAAUCCUCAGUCAUCAUACCGUAGGUACAUACAGGUGAGGAUUAACCAGUUCUACAAGCACCGCGCGUAUUUAUCGGGUUUUCGAAGCUGUGUGCACGUUAUAGCGAGUACUGUUGGUAUACAACUACUGCAUUGCCACCGACGCAGCCUGACAAAGACAUACCUAUGACGAACGAGGCCGUAUCUGUUCCCGAUGUGUUCAAAAUGUUUGACUCAGAUGGCGAUGGCUAUAUACCAGCCAAUGAAAUUGGGACUCCCAUCCGGGCACUUGGUCACGUGAUCACUAAUACAGAACUGACGGCGCUGAUGAGAAGUGUUCAAGUUGAGAAACGCGGGAAGGUGGAUUUGAAGACGUUUCAGAGAAUGGCGGACUCAAUUCAACCGUCAGACACCAACAGACAACUUAAAGAGGCCUUCGAGGUCAUUGACCGAGAGGGAAGUGGAAACGUGAACGCCACAGAACUGCGCCACCUGUUGACAACCUUGGGAGACAGAAUGACGGACGAUGAGUUCAACGUUCUCCUGCAGGAGCUGGACAUUGAUAAAACAGGGAACAUCACGUGUUCAGAUUUCAUCUACCUGAUGACCAGAUAACUUGUGGUGGUCAUGUGACUGAGGAACCAACCAACCAGCAUCAGCCUAACAACCAUCUCUUCUGGGACCAUUGAUGAUGCCAUUGAUGAACACCGCACUCUGUCGCCUCCAAUUUCCCCAAUUUUUAAAUCAGCUCAGCUGGUACAAUUAUAAUCAUGUCUGUGGUAUAUUCACAUAAUAUAUAUACAGCAUCAAACUUUAACAUAAGUCGAAUGUGAUGAAUAUGAUAACCAAGUCACCUUUUUGCCCGCAUCACCGCAUCAAGAAUACAUGUUAUAUUGAGUGUUAUGAUUGUAAAUAAAAUUAUGAUAUUAUAAA